AUCGGCUCGAUAGACAUUUCUACCUGGAAUGUUUUUGUUGUGAAUUCAUUCCCUUUUCAACACAUUAUUUGUUUCUAACCCAGAGAAGGGCCUGAAAGUGAACUGUGUGAUUUUUGAAGAUUUAAGCCAUUCUACACGCUAGUUGAGCCUACUACAGAUACUAUUAAAACCAAAAUGACGUUGGAAACAAUCCCCAAGGACUUAAGAGGUCUUAGAGCAUGUCUGGUUUGUUCUUUGAUCAAGUCAUUUGACCAAUUUGAGUAUGAGGGAUGUGACAACUGUGAUGAAUUUUUACGAAUGAAAAACAAUAAGGACAAUGUUUAUGACUGUACUAGCUCAAACUUUGAUGGAAUGAUCGCGAUGAUGAGUCCAGAAGACAGCUGGGUCGCCAAAUGGCAAAGAAUCAAUCGUUUUUGUAAAGGUGUCUAUGCAAUCUCAGUUUCUGGUAGAUUACCAAAUGGAAUUAUAAGGGAAAUGAAAAGUCGUGGUAUUGUUUACAAGCCAAGAGAUACCAGUCAGAGAUAAAGGAGAAGCAUGUUACUUGUUUGUAUAACUUAGUUAGGCACCUGGUAGUUUUAUGUACGAGUUUCUAUAAAUGUAUGGAGUAAAUCAUUAAAUUUUUACGUACUAUGAAAAAACAGUUUUCUUUUUUUUUAAGAUGACAUUCAAAGUUUUACUUGUUAUUUUGCACUUUUUUAAACUGUUUUUAGAUUGGGUUCUUUAAGAACUAUUUUUAAAAUAGUUUAGAUUUUAUAUUCAUGUUAUAUUUGUACACCUUAAUAUAAAAUUUUUCAUAUAGCAAGGUAAUAUAAUUUAUAUCUUUUUA